AUGGGUCGCAUAGAAGAGGAUGACAGCAGCUCCUGGAAGAAACAGACGAGCAACAUCCGGAAAACCUUCAUCUUCAUGGAGGCCCUGGGAUCAGGUGCCUUCUCAGAGGUGUUCCUGGUGAAGCAAAGAAGCACAGGCAAGCUCUUUGCUCUGAAAUGCAUCAAGAAGUCUCCUCUCACGAGGGACAGCAGCUUGGAGAAUGAAAUAGCAGUGCUGAAAAAAAUAAAGCACGAAAACAUCGUGACUUUAGAAGACAUUUAUGAAAGCACAACCCACUUCUACCUGGUCAUGCAGCUGGUAUCAGGGGGAGAGCUGUUUGACCGGAUCCUGGAGCGAGGAGUUUACACUGAGAAAGAUGCAAGUGUGGUGAUCCACCAGGUGCUGACAGCAGUCAAGUACCUCCAUGAGAACGGAAUAGUCCACCGGGACCUGAAGCCUGAAAACCUUCUUUACCUCACUCCUGAAGACAACUCCAAAAUCAUGAUCACGGACUUCGGCUUGUCUAAAAUGGAGCAGAAUGGCAUCAUGUCCACAGCCUGUGGGACUCCAGGAUAUGUUGCCCCUGAAGUCCUUGCCCAGAAACCAUACAGCAAAGCUGUGGACUGCUGGUCCAUUGGAGUCAUCACCUAUAUCCUGCUGUGUGGCUACCCUCCCUUCUAUGAAGAGACUGAAUCCAAACUGUUUGAAAAGAUUAAGGAAGGCUACUAUGAGUUUGAGUCUCCAUUCUGGGAUGACAUCUCCGAGUCAGCCAAGGAUUUCAUCAGACACUUGCUGGAGAAAAACCCAAAGGCAAGGUUCACCUGUGAGGAAGCCCUCAGGCACCCAUGGAUUAAUGGAAACACAGCCCUGCACCGUGACAUUUACCCAUCUGUCAGUGCUCAGAUCCAGAAAAACUUUGCAAAGAGCAAAUGGAGGCAAGCCUUCAACGCUGCAGCCGUGGUGCACCACAUGAAGAAGCUCCACAUGAAUGGCCACGCAGCAGCUGAGGGCUCCCUCCCAGUCCUGCAAGUCUCAGAGGCCUCCAGACCCAACACCCCCUCGGUGGCCACCCUGCCAGCAACACCAAACGACGAACAGGAACCCUCCCUCCCUCUGGCCCCCACGCAGGGUUGCCCAAAGCCUCCCUCUCAGCUGGAGCAGGACACAGGAACGAGAGAGGAAGAGCUGCAGAGCCACUCAGAGAACAGAGCACUGCCCCCAGGCAGCAGCCCAGUGCCACCAGACAACCACAGCCCACCAAGCAGAACUUCUUGUGGCUGCAGCCCAGCCUGUGUGGGGCACGAGAAAGCAAAGGUGUCCUUCUGCUCCGAGACAGUGCUUCUUAAGAAGUCUUCAAAAUCCCACCAUUUCAAAUCAGAAGUUCUGGUCCCAAUGAAAACCAGUAAGCACUCCUCGCACUGUGGCACUGGGCAAACUGGAGUUUGUUUGCUCAUGUGA